CUAUGAGGCACAAUCUUAUCCUGUGUCAUACAACGAACGACAAGUUCCUGGCCGAAUCCAGCCUAUGAAUUUGGGAGCAAGCCGCGCUCCUUUCCAGAAAUCCGGGGUGAGAUCGCCAGAUGGCGGCAUGCAACUGCGAAGAGCUGAAUAUGCAGACAUCUCGAAUACAUACCACGAAUGUUCCGUGUCAAUGAAAACUUGAACUUGCGGGCUUCAUCCCUUGAUCUUGCGUUGCGAUCAUCGCCAUCUAUACGAGCUGAGCAUAUAUGGGCCAACAAGAGGAAGCGCUGAGCGCGGCCAAGUCGGCGACGGUUCACCGCAAGCCCGUAUCUACGCCGCAGCGAUCUGCGCACCCUGCCACACAGCAUAACCGACUCGUUUGGUGGAAGCAUCUCUCGCGACGAACCCGCCUCGCCCUUUUCGCAGCCCUUCUGGCAAGCAUAGCACUGAUCAUCGGCCUUGCCGCCGGGCUCUCGGCACGAAAACAUUCUCGGAACCUCCCUCUGCCUUCAGGACAAGGCGGUCCCUUUACGGGCGAUCUCACAUACUAUGCGCCCGGUCUAGGCGCAUGCGGAGUUACUUCUACCAAUAGCGACAAGAUUGUGGCAAUAUCACAUUUGGUGUUCGAUGCGGCGAGCACAGGAAGCGAUCCAAACGCUAAUCCCUUGUGUGGAAAAAAGAUAAGAGCGAGCAGAGACAACAAGAGCGUGGACCUAAGUGUAGUGGACAGGUGUACGGGGUGCCAGGCGAAAGAUCUCGAUGUCACUGUUGACUCGUUUGCGAUGCUGGCCGAUGCCAACUUAGGGAGGGUGUCUGUGGAAUGGAAUUGGUUGGAAGAUAUACCGGCAAGCGCGCAAGGUUGAUGGCAGUUUUCGAACAUGCCAGACACAAUGGCAUCGUUAUUAAAGCACAGGAUCUUUGGGUGGUGAAGCUCAAACAACCGUUUACGGUUACGACUAUCGAACACCGCGUCCUUCCACUUCGGGACGAAAGAAUCCAGUAAUGGGAAGCGUGG